CGUUCCUUCAAUCGGUUCGGUUUACUCAUUGGUACUCCCGCAAUUGCAAGUGCUUAACGGUACACGACGGGGCACUUUUUUUUGUUCUUCCUGCCUUCCCCGAUUGCCCUUUGCUUGGCAAUGGCCAUUCGCAAGUGAUUAGUGAUGUGUAAUCCUGCUGUCCUAGUUUGACGGGGCGUCGCGAAUUUGGACUAUCUUUUCGCGUGCCACUUGGUGUACGUACGUACGUAAGUCGAAACGAGUUUCUGUCCGCUCCCCGGGGCAGGACGCCACCUCGAAGUAUCACUAGUGUAAAGGAUAUGGGCGGAUUGUGUGAAUAGUGGAAGAGCCGUUACAAGUCGCGUUCAGUGUGGAAAUGAGAAGAAAGUACACGCGUCAAGAGUGCAUAUCAGUAACAAAGUCAUGCAGUCGAGUGCAGAAGCGAAUGCAUCAGCAGCAACGGCGGCCAAAGCCGUCAGUCAGUAAGCGGCCGGUUGUUUUGACCCAACUGUGAUAGUGUGGUGCCGAACGGCGGAACGGAAGUGAUUGAUAGAGUGAAACGAAGAAAGCGCAGCAGUUUUUAGGCAGUUUGUGUGUUUGAGACACGGUCAAGAUUGAUCACAUACGAACGACGUAACAACAUUAUUAGCUGCGGGGUAAACUGUGACUGCCGCCCAAAGGCAAGAUGACGGUGGAUUUUAACGAUUAUUUUUGGGGUGAGAAAAACAACGGCUAUGAGGUAUUGUACCAAAAUAUGAAAUAUGGCCUCUCGGCUACCAAGGAGCUGGCCGAGUAUUUUCGGGAGCGUUCAAACCUGGAAGAGUACAACUCGAAACUUCUCGCCAAGCUAGCGAAUAAAGCCGGCUCCAGUGGGGGAGGCACAUUCUCCCCGCUUUGGAUCAUCCUAAAGUCCACGACUGAACGCCUCUCGGAGCUUCAUUCGGCGAAGGUACAAAAGCUAAUCGAUCUGGUGAAAAACAUCAACAAGUACGCCGAGGAGCUGCACAAAAAGCACAAAACGGUUAAGGAAGAAGAGUCUAGUACUCAGGAUGCGGUUCAGGCCAUGAAGGAGUCCACGACGGCCGUGGCAAAGGCGAAGGACGUCUACUCUACCCGGCUGCAGGAGGUGGAAAAAGCCCGCAAGGACAAUUCGGCAAAGGAGAUCGAAAAGUCCGAGGCAAAACUGCGUAAGCAGCAAGAUGAUUACAAAGUCCUGGUGGAAAAACAUAACGCCGUCAAGCAGGAGUUCGAGAAGAAAAUGACAAUAACAUGCAAGCGCUUUCAGGAGAUCGAGGAAGCCCACCUGAAGCAGAUGAAAGAAUUCCUCUCCUCCUACAUGGAAAUAGUUCAAAAUAAUUUUGACUUGGUCGGACAGGUCCACUCGGAUUUGAAGCGUCAAUUCCUUGAGCUAACGGUGGAUAAGUUGCUGGAGCAGUUUGUUUUGAACAAGUACACCGGCCUGGAAAAACCAGAGUUUAUUGAGCUUGAUUUGGUGAACUUGUCUGGUGGUUCCCUAACAACUAACAGUCAGUUGCUAAUCAACACCUCGACCCCGAAUGCGUCCGGCUCGGGUGUGGGAUCGACGACGGGUGGAGGUGCCGGAACGGGAGGAUCGGCAACCGAUUCGCCAGCCCUGUCGACGACCAGCUCGUCCCAGCCGGUUCCGAUCAUCAAGAAGGAAAGCAAUCUCCGCAGUUGGUUCACGUCCAGUUCCAGCGCUGCAGUGCCCACCAAUUCUCCGGUGAAUAUUCCGACCUCGCCUGCUCCAUCUGCCGGUGGACGGAGCAGUCUCAUCGACACUAUCGGAGGUAGUACAGACCGGCCACUGUCUCCGGUUUCCACAGCGGUUGUUUCGGCCACGGUCACGGGAGAUUCAUCUGCGUCCAGUUCGGCCCAAAGUACGGCUAAGACAAGUAAAUCUUUUUACGCCGACUUUCUAAACAAGACUAAUCAUAAUCAGCAACAGCCACCACAAAACAAGCAACAGCAAACGCCGCAAAUGAAACAGGAACAAGAAUCGCAACAUCAUCAACAACAACAACAAAAAUCUUCCCGCCGCACUACCUCCCUUUUAAAUCUCUUCAUGUCUAACUCGCAGGGAAGCCGCGAAAGUCGCGAUUCGACUACUAGCGGAGGGGCCGACUCGGUGUCGACCAGCACCGCUGGUGGGGUGGCCAUUUCCGCUCCAACCAGUCCGAACGAUGUCCUCAACGGUGGCGGCGGCGGCAAUCACAACGGCGGAGGAAGUAACGGCAUAGCGAGUUCCUUCAUCGGUCGGAAUCCGCUGCUCAGGGGAUCCAAAUUUUCCGGUUUCCUGCGCAGCAGACGAGAGAAGGCCAAGUCGAAAAAGACCAAAAAGAAAAAGGAUUCUGUCGAAAAUUCUAGUGCCAAAGAUGAGAAAAUCUCCGAUGCCGAGGAAAAGGAUGAUGCGGUGAAAGCGGCGGAAGCUGCUAGCAAUUUGCAGACGAUGUCUGCGGCCAGCACCGGUAACGUAGCACCGACGGCGACCCCCGAGGUAGAUGAGGAUGGGUACAGUAUACAGCCACGGGAUGCCACCUGGGACAGUGCCACGAUAACGGAGAAGAGCAACAACUUUUACUCCAGCUCGGAUAGUGACAGCGAGGACGAACGAGGCGAUCGGAAGAUUCAUGUUGAAAUUAAACCACUGAAUAAUGGAGCCGCGCCGAUUUCCGCCAGCGUCGAUGAACUGCGCGCCACUGUAGAAAAUCUGUCGCUUUCGCCAAUUGGGGCACUAUCGACGCAUCAUUACCAUUCGUCGUCCAACACAUCGUCCGCCCAUCCGGUGGCAGCACAUCGCAAUGGCCACAAUCAGCCGCUCGGUGGUACCGGCGGCAGUCAGUCGGCCGGGUUGCUGAACAACAAUCACACCCAUCUUACUAGUCCCAACGCGUCGAACGCGUCCACCCCGACGGCGGUCCAUCCGUACGCACCGCUGCAGAGUCCCACGCUGUCGAUGUCCACCGCUUCCAACAAUCGCUAUGCGGAUCUCGGAGAUAUCUUCUCCGAGGUGGGUGACAUUAGCUCUUCGGCACCGGCUUCGGCUAACCUAACCAAACUAACACAAAGGCAAAUUCCGACUCCCACUUCGGCCGGCGGUAGCAGUAUAGCGAUACCGAGACCGCCAUCACGCAGAUCGGAAGCCGCUGUUCGCGGUAGAAUUAGUCCCGCCUCCCAAAUCGCUCGAGCCGACAGUGUCGGCAGUCUAGAGUUCCGCAGUCCAAGUGUGGGUAUUGGAUCUUCCAGAGGACCAUCUCCGCUAACGAUCGGUAUGUCGGACACGAUUCCGCUGGCCGUUGCCUUCCAUGAGAUCAUCCACGCCUACUUCCGAGGCUCCGAUGAAUCACGAUGUCAGGUAAAAAUGUCCGGUGACAUGAUGCUAUCCUUUCCGGCGGGUAUAGUGAACGUAUUGGCCAACAACCCGAACCCAGCGAAGCUGGGAUUCCGAGUAAAAAAUCUACAGAACAUGGAAAAUAUCCUGCCAAAUAAGCAGCUUAUAACGAUCGAUAAACUGCAGUCGACCGCAUUCAGUACCACGCUGGAAUUUAACAUGCCAGUAUUAACGUCCAUUCUACGGCGCCAGUCGGAGCAAAAUCCGACGGCACCAUACUUCAAUGUUGAUAUUCUAAAGUACCAGAUAAAGGCUAAACCGGGUGCUGCUUCCUGCCCGUUCCAGCUGGUUUCCUACUGGAAGUGCGAGCAGCGACACACGGACAUCAAGAUCGAUUACAAGUACAACAGCCACGCGAUGGCCGUCGCUUCACCACUGUUGAACGUUUCCAUAUCGGUUCCUGUCGAUGGUAGUGUAAAGAACGUACAAUCGAAACCGCAUUCCGCUUGGCAGGGUGAAUCGAAUAGACUGGUGUGGAACUUCACAGAUAUUUCGCAGCAUUCGGAUAACAGUGGUAUAGAUACGCUUCGGGCUCGUUUGGAGGUUGGCUCAGGACCUUCAAAUCCGGCAAUCAUUUCUACGCAAUUCAACUGCGAGGGCACAACACUUUCCGGUAUAGAGUUCGAACUCGUGGGCACCGGGUACAGGCUGUCACUCGUCAAGCGACGCUUCGUGUCAGGCAAAUAUAUUUGCGAAGGUGACGGUGUGAGAGGCUUGAAAACACCGACACCACCCAAUGCUGGUAUCCUAUCGCCCAGCCCUUACAGUGCCAAAUCGGUUGGCUCUGGUGGAUCGGGAUAGCAAAAGCUUUACUUCUUAGACUAGAGCAGGCCACGCUUCCAAUUAUUAAACGGAACAGGCAAGUUGCAUCCGUUUUCAGCGUGGUUGUUGCUGCUUGUGCAGAAAAUGUGAUUGGUAUGUGUUAGUAACUUGUUACCUACACUUGUGACGGAAAAAUCGAAUCAUACAACUAUUAACCGGUAAUUCACCUUAACUAUUACUGACUAUUGGCUUAGUAUUGACAGAAUGAGGUAGCGAAGUACCGAAAUGUUUUACUCUCGCGUUUCGGAAAGCAUAGAACAUGUUGCCUUUUUCAAUAUCGUUAUAGCAGGAAUUCCGCAGAACCUUUUUUAGAGUAUAGAGCUGAAGACUACACCAGAAUGUACGCGAAUGCGCAAUUGUUAGCUUUUCUAGUAGAAAUGCCCUUGUAAAUACUCAAUAGUACUGGCUUAGAUGGACGAACACUUGAUCUUAUUCUCACAACAAACUAACAUUUCCAUGCUUUUCCAAUAAAUCAAUAUCUUAAUUUGUAAAAAAAAAAAAAAAACAAAACUGUACAUAGGGUACGAUAGCAGAAAUAUUCGAAUGGAACUCCGUUUUACUGUUAAAGAAGUUGCCGUAGGAUAAUGGAAACGAUUAUGCAGAGAACGCUUCCGGCACUUUUUAGACGCAAGUACAGCUUUGAACGAAAGCAUAAUUUCCUCUUAUUGUUACAACAUCGAUUGGUAACGCAGCGUCGCUAUUUGGUUCAACACUACUUGGCUCAUUUAGAUGUGAAGCAAUGUUUCAACUAUAGAAGAAAAAAAAAAUCAGCGAACAGAAUCGAACUGAUACUGGGUAAACAAAUGAUACUAGUUAUGGUACGUAAGGGCAAGAAGGGAGAGAAAGAAAAAGAAAGAUAGAGAGAUAGAAGCACUCACAACUAACAAAUUUAUUACAAAAAAUAUAUGUCAAACAUAUAUCAUAUAUACUAUAGAGGAACUAAAUCUCACGAAUACUAACCAUAGGCGAAACAAACGCGCGAAUAAAAUGAAACAACUUAUUCGUAGUUACUAAGUUUUAGUUAAAUAACUAAUCGGUAAAGCAGUUAGAUGUAAUUCUGAAAUCGUUGAAUUAAACGCGAAAAUAAGAGUAUAUAAAAGUCA